CGAAUAGUAUAGGAACUGAAAAUAUCCGGAAAUCAUUCGGUUUUCAUUUGGUUAUUUUGGGUAGUUUAGAUAAUUCGGGUUAAAUAUUAAGUAUUUUGAAUAAAAUAUCAAAUGAUGAUGAUUCAGAUAAAAUUUGGAUAUUUUAGAUAUCUAAAAAUAUAUAUCGUAUAAAAAUAUACGGAUACUUUCAACUAGUUUCAAUAUUUUGUAAUAAUUUAGUUUUUUCAAAUAUUUCCGAAUACUUUUAAUAUAUUAUAAAUUAUAAAUAUAUAUUUAAUUAUAUUAUAUGUGUAUAUAAUUAAUAUUUUUUAUAUAUUUGGUAUCCGUUCGGUUCAGUUAUUUCAGAUAUAAAAAUAUAUGAACCAUUUGAAUAUUUAUUUCAGACCGGCUCGGUUUCGGGUAUUUCGAUUCGGUUUGUUUCUUUUUUUUUUGCCCUAGAUGCUUGUUUUAAAAGCCGUUUUGUAAUAAACAUAGUAAACCUAAGAGAAUCGCAAGUUUAAUAUGGCGGACGUGAGCGCCACCGCCGCGAGAAGAAUCCGUAGCCGCCACUGCCACGGUGGUGAUGGUGUGGUAGUAGACACAAUCAGCGGUCUACCUGAUGUGAUUCUCCAACAUAUCCUCACCUUUAUUCCAACCAAAUACGCCAUCACAACGUCGCUCUUGUCAAAACGAUGGAGGCAUGUAUGGUGUGACACACCAUCCCUCUCCUUCAAGAGCUCUCCUACCCUCAACGCUGCUUGCAUUAACCAAACCCUGACUCUGUACACUGCUCCCAAGAUGAUGCAUUUUCUUCUCGAUGUCAACGAGAAGGAUGAUGUUCCCCAUAUCGACAGGUGGAUCGAGUUUGCCAUGUCCAGGAAAGUGGAGAAUAUGUUCUUGUCUCUCUGGGUUGACAAGUAUAGUUUUCCUGAGUUCUUAUACGUUAGCUCCUCUCUCAAGCAACUCACCUUAAAGCACUGUGAUACGUCUCCCAAAUGCUCAGUGUCGUGGACUUCUCUCAAGAACCUGUCCUUGGUUAAAUGUGGUGUCUCUGAUGAAUCUAUGGCUAAGAUUCUAUCUGGCUGUCCCGUUCUCGAGUGCUUAACAUUCAAUCAUUGCGAUGAACUAAGUAAUCUUGAUCUUAGCAGAUCACUGCGUUUGAGAACAUUAGUUGUAGAGCGCAGCAGUUCGGCUACGGGGCCAAAAGAUAUCAACGCACCACAUAUACAUUAUCUCUAUUUGAGAUACUCUCAGAUCCCAAGUAGUUUAGUUGAUGUCUCGUCUUUAACCGAAGCUAAUGUCAACAUUUGCACGAAUGAACUAUCCUACAAUGCUCGUUUGCUUCAACCCGCGGUGAUGGAUAUGCUAGAAAAGCUACAGCAUGUUGAGAAACUUACUUUUGGAGGAAACCUUCUUCAGGUUUUAUCUGUUGCCCAGCUUCGUGGUGUUCCUUUUCCAAUGUUCAAGGUCAAAGCAUUGACACUUAAGACAAGGAUCUUUCAUUAUAUUAUUCCUGGCAUAAGAAGGGUGUUACAAAACUCAGAUGAUUUAAAGAAGCUAACAGUGCACACAAUCCAUUGCGACAUCAAACUGGCAAAGCGUCUUGACCACUACUUGGCAUUCCAAGCCUUCAAUAAGGCGCAGUUGCGUCGGAGACCAAAAGAUGCGGUCCAUUGGGAUGUAAAGUCAAAGCACCUGCCUUUGUUCGUGGAACUUGUGCUUAAAAACACAAAGACAUUAGACAAGAUGUUCUUAGUAUUGGACCAUCGUUACCGUAUGUUUAGAAAGAUUAUUGGAACACUUUCUCGCAACGACAAAGUCUCCAUAAGUCUUGACUCUUAUUGA